AUGUACAAGGAAUUUGCUGUCGAUUUGAGCCACGCGCAGGCUGUUAAAGUCCUACAUGGCAAACCCGUUCGCUUGAGUCAUUCUCAAUUGAACAGAGGCCACACACAUUAUUUCCAUCCUGAAAACUACAAGAAGUUGGUAAAGGCAUACGAAGCGGGCAAAGGGACAACAUUACAUAUGUCUCACGGGGAAGUUCUACGAACACAUCAAUCAGGACUUAGUGGCUCUGGUUUCUGGGGAAGCUUGUGGAAUGGUAUCAAAUCUGCUGCGAAAGGAAUUGGUAGCUUUCUUAAAGAUAAUUGGAAGCCAAUCACAAGCGGACUUCUGGAUGGCAUUGCAACCGCGGCCGGACCCGAAGCUACGCCAUUGCGUGGUCUAGUCAAAUCAGUCAGUGGAGUAGGGAUGGCACCUCCUAUGACUCGUCGUCGUAUGAAAGGUGGAAGUUUUCGACUUGGAUAA